CCCGCAGCCCUGCAGCCCACAGCCCUGCAUCCCAGCAUCCCUGUAUCCCGCAGCCAGCUCCCUCACCUGUGUUAAAGUAGUACCCCUUGUUCUCCAGGCCCAGGGUCCACAGGCCCUGCGGGUCCUCGUCCCAGUAGUGGGUGGACAUGAAGAUCCAGUUGUUGUAGCCUUGGCCGCUGAUAUCCAGGGGUCUGUGGCCGGCGGGGGACACGGGGGACACAGGACAGGCGGCGUUGCACGCUCUCCUCUCAGUCCCGCCCGCUGGGGCGCCACCUGCAGGCGGCUAGGCAGGGCUCCCCUCGCCCACAGGGCCACUUGGGCGGCUCUCACACCUGAUGGCCACCAGCGUGGAGCGCGUGCCCAUGGGGCUGGUGAGGGAGAUCUCCAGGUCCCCGCGGCGGCUGUAGGCGAGUGACAGCUGCACCUGCACGUGCUCCAGCGAGCGGAUGAGGCGGCGCGAGCCGUAAGAGCACGCAGACACGUUCUUCGACACCAGCAUCCGGGGCAGGAUGGAGCUGCCACACGCGAGCCAGGUCCACCAGGAGCCCCGCGUCCAGCAGCCCGUAGCCGUAGUGGUGGCUCACUGCAGGGAGGGUAGCCGUCACGCGCCCUGCGGGCGCGGCACCCCGGCCCCCUGCCUGGCCCCGCCGCACCUUGGCGCCCCACGCCGUUGAUCCUCCAGUCCUCCGCCUGCAGCUGCGCCGGCCUGGACGCGCGGACCACCAGGUGCUGUAGGUCCCUCCAGGCGCAGACGGUGGCCCCAGUGCGGGGUCAGGGACUGCUUGGCCACACCCCGGUGCCGCAGAUGGAAAUACUGGUCGUCAGGGAAGAUCUGGAAGUGUGAUGGACCGGGGCACCGGCUGGGACCUUGCUCCUCUGACAGAGUCCCCAAGGAUGGAGUGAGGCCGCGGGUCCCGAACUGAACUGGAGGGCACGCGUGGAGGGCAGACGCGACCUUCCCAUCUCAGGGACCCUCCCACCUGGCCAGGUCUGCGGUCGUCCGGGCCCCCACCCCAUGGCCCCUCCAUCCGGGUCCCACCCACCUGUCCCAGGUUGACGAAGCCAAAUUUACGUGCCAGGCGCUCAGCCUCCUGGUAACCUUUGGUCACCCGCACGGCCCAGCUGCUGACGUAGAUGGGGGCCCGGGCUGAGGCCCACCCCACAGCCGGGAGGGCCAAAGCCAAAGCCAGACCCAGCCACAGCGCAGUCGGGGAGGGCCGCAUCGCGGGGGGCGGGGCGGGGGGCGGGGCCUCGGGAAGCCACCCCAUCCCGGACACCAUAGCAACCCUGAAGCUUUCAACUCCCAAGGGGCCUUGCGGCUUCCUCUUUCCCCCCUACCCAUGAGGGGUGGGAAUACCCCACAUGGAGAGACAUCCACACAGGCCUAAGCUUUCGGGGGCCUCAGUUUCCCCACUUAUACAAGGACAACCCCUCUAUUUGGCCCUUAGGAGCAGGUUCAAGAUCACAGGGACACCCUCAACCUUUUAUUUGGCUCCGCCCACUUUCCUCUAUGCCCCUCCUUCGAGAAUCAGCCCUGCCUCCCCACGUCUUCCAAUCAGCAUCGUUCCUUCCCACUGUAGUCCCUCCUCCUUUGUGAUCAACUCCGCCUUCUCCAGUCUGUCCAAUCAGCACUGACCUUAACCGGGCACCGCCCACCUGUUCCUCAACUAGCUCCACCCACUUUUAACCGCUCACCGUCAAUAAUCAACGGCUUGUCCAAUCAGUACCGUGCCACUCCCUCUUGACCAAUCAGCGCACCGGUAGCCUGGCGCCCCGCCCCCUCCGGCCUCCUCGCUGCUCCGCCCGCCUCCACUCUGGCCAGAGGGCCAUGCGGCGGGGGAGACGGGGCAGGCCCCACCUCCUUUGUCCGCCUUGCCCUCCCAUUGGCCAGAGUCGGGAGCCGGGGGCGGAGCCAGGGCGGGGGGCAGAAAGCAGCGGGCCGGGGGCGGGGCCGGGCGGUGCGCGGACGGUGAAGGCGGUGCGCUCUCGAGGGGGCAGGUGCGCGAGGCUGCGGGUGUGCUUGAGCGGCCUGCCCCGGGCCCGCCGCUGCCAUGGACGGUCUGCGCCAGCGCUUCGAGCGUUUUCUAGAACAGAAGAACGUAGCCACCGAAGCGCUCGGGGCGCUCGAAGCCAGGACCGGUGUAGAGAAGCGGUAUCUCGCCGUGGGAGCCCUCGCCCUCCUAAGCCUGUAUCUUCUGUUCGGCUACGGGGCCUCUCUACUGUGCAAUGUCAUCGGAUUUGUAUACCCCGCAUAUGCUUCAGUCAAAGCCAUCGAGAGCCCAAGCAAGGAAGACGACACUGUGUGGCUAACCUACUGGGUGGUGUACGCCCUGUUCGGUCUGGUCGAGUUCUUCAGCGAUCUACUCCUGUUCUGGUUCCCUUUCUACUACGCGGGCAAGUGCGCCUUCCUGUUAUUCUGCAUGACUCCGGGACCCUGGAACGGGGCUCUAAUACUGUACCAUCGCGUCAUACGACCACUAUUUCUAAAACAUCACGUGGCCCUAGACAGCGCCGUGAAUCAGCUCAGCGGAAGAGCACUGGAUAUAGCAGCUGGGAUAACCCGGGACGUACUGCAGGCCCUAGCACGGGGCCGAGCUCUCGUCACCCCAGCAUCAACAACGGAACCCCCAGCCGCUCUGGAACUGGACCCCAAGACAAGUUAGACCCCGCUCCUGAAGCACAAGUGAAGUCCCAUGGCAGUCUGUGCGCGGAGCCCCUGGCCAACGACAAGGAACACACAGCUGAUGCCCAGGCCUCUGACUCCUCCUUGGACUCCCACACAGAGGCCCAACAUCAACACCGAGUCUCAAGCCCAAGCAAGCCAACAGGAAGCCCGUCACGGGCAGUGAAUGGGCAGUCUCCGUCUCCAGUCAGCCCAGGUUCCACUAAUGCAUCCCGGGGCCAGCUGGCCACCGGCUCUGUCAGCGGCUCCCAGAUUCCCAGCAAGGCCCGGGGCCAUCAUAGCCGGGGCAGUGUGUCUUCCAGGCCUGCACAGCGUACCCGGAUGCCCAGUACCUCCUUGGGACCCUCUCAACCGGCCACGCGCUCUGGGGGGUUCUUACAGUCAGCCGUCCGGACCCCAGGAACUGCUCGGACAACAGGCCGUCACACGGGAGUCAACCAGCAGACCCCUCAGGCCUCAGCAUCAGCUCAGCCGACCAGCCGAUCAGCAGCAGCCACAGCAGCAUCUGCACCCACCUCCACACAGCGCGUCAGCGUCUCCAACCAGGACUCACCCAGGGCGCAGUCACCCAGUCCACCCCCUGAUCCCAACCAGGCUGGCAGCGAACCAGGGGACGCGGGUUCCAAGAACAAUAAGCAGGGGCAGAAGACACAGGCCUCAGAGCCGGCGGCCGGCAGCAGCUCAGUGGCCGAGCUAGCCCCCUGUCAUUCCGAUUCCUCUCUGGAGUAUAUGUCCGAGUCCACCACGGAGAUCACCUGUAAAUGGCCGAGUUACAGUUACCAGCUGCGCUGCCCAAGGCACUGUUGGCUUUUACAACACCUGGCAUACUAGGGCUGUACCUGGACACCUGCCCAUGGGAGCCACACAAAAACACUAGACCACUGGAGCACCAUAUGAGAGCCACAUCCAACACCUGUCCGCAAGAGCCACAUCCAACACCUGCCCACCCAUGGAACAAAAUCAAACAUCUGCCACGGUACCGUGUGAAACACCCAGCCAGUGCUAUGUGGAACACCCCGCUGCUGGGCCCCUACAUGUAAAACCUGCCCAUGGACUCCAUGUGAAACAUCUUCCAUGGGAGCCCCAUGAAACACCACUACAGUAGCACAUAAAACAUCCAUCAGGGUGCACAUGAAACACCAGCUGGGGGUCCCAUGUGUAACAUCUAUCCUUCAAGGCACGCAAUAAAGUCACCGGC